CUAACAAAACCUUUAAGAAGUCAGAGUGGAACUGUGACUGACUGACUUUCUGUGUUUCUGUGUUUCAGAUUCACUCAGAGACAAAAUGGCUUCCAGAUCAGAGGAGGAUCUCUGCUGUCCGAUCUGUCUGGAAAUAUUUAAAGAUCCGGUUAUUCUGUCAUGUAGCCACAGCUUCUGUAAGGAGUGUCUGAAGAAAUAUUGGAGAGAGAAACCAGGAAGAGAGUGUCCAGUUUGUAAAAGGAGAGCUUCCAAAGAGCCACCUUUAAAUCUGGCUCUGAAGAAUCUGUGUGAGUCUUUCUCCCAGCAGAGAGAGCAAAAAGUUUCAGAGGGUCUCUGCAGUCUGCACUCUGAGAAACUCAAACUCUUCUGUCUGGACCAUCAGCAGCCAGUUUGUCUCGUCUGCAGAGAUUCAGAAAAACACUCCAAGCACAGAUUCAGACCCAUCGAUGAAGCUGCUCAGCAACACAAGAAGAACCUUCAGGAAACUCUGGAGCCUCUAAAGAAGAAGCUGGAGCUCAGGAAGAAAGUUCAGGAGGAGUUUGAUCAGACAGCAGAACACAUGAAGGUCCAGGCCCGACACACAGAGAGCCAGAUUGUUGAGCAGUUUAAGAAGCUUCGUCAGUUUCUAGCAGAGGAAGAGGAGGCCAGGCUGGCUGCACUGAGGGAGGAAGAGGAGCAGAAGAGAGGGAUGAUGAAGGAGAAGAUGGAGGCUCUGAGCAGAGAGAUAGCAGCUCUUUCAGACACAGUCAGAGCCACAGAGGAGGAGCUGAGAGCUGAAGACGUCUCAUUCCUGCACAACUACAAGGCUGCAGUGGAAAGAGUCCAGCGCUGCCCCCUGCUGGAGGAUCCACAGCUGCCCUCAGGAGCUCUGAUAGACCAGGCCAAACAUCUGGGCAACCUGGCCUUCAACAUCUGGAGCAACAUGAAGGACAUGGUGACCUACACUCCUCUGGUUCUGGACCCAAACACGGCUCAUCCAGAACUCUUCCUGUCUGACGAUCUGAGCGUUGUGACAGUAGGACAGAGGCAGCAGCUGCCUGAUAAUCCGGAGCGGUUGGAUAAAUGCCGUUUGGUUCUGAGUUCAGAAGGUUUCAGCUCAGGGACCCACAGCUGGGGCGUCGAUGUCGGAGUCGGUGGGACCUGGAGACUCGGUCUAUUAUCAGAGUCUGGAGGGAGGAAGAAUUACAUCACCUCUGCUUUAUGGGAGAUCUGGUUUAGUGAAGGGAAACAUUACAGCUGGUCUCCAGGAGUUCCUCUUACUGUUCUCCCACAGCAGAAAAAGAUCCGGAGGAUCCGAGUGGAUCUGGACUGGGACGGAGGGAAUCUGUCCUUCUCUGAUCUGGACACUAACACACACAUACACACCUUCACACACACCUUCACUGACCGGAUGUUUCCUUCCUUUGGCACUGAGAAUAAAAUGCAGAUCUUACCUGUGAAGUUCUCAGUGGCAGGAGUGAAGCAACCAAAGUGACCUUUGACCUCCAGAGCCACACAAAGCCGGUUCCACAGUGGGCCUUCUAGAACCGGCCCAGUUUCCCAGAACCAGAGACUAAAAUCUCAGACCAGAGAAACUCAUCCAGGCGUUUGAUUCCUGCAGCAGCGUCUUCACAGGUCUGAUUGACAACCCAACGGUCCAGAACGCUGCUGCUGGAGUUCUGACUAGAACCAGGAGGAUGGAGCACUGCUUGGUUACCUUUGAUUCAGGAUGACUGGAACAUUUAUUAAUAUUAUUAACGAUGAUUAUUGUUGAUGAUGGGAUUUGUCAAAGUGUAAAUGUUUGGUGAUUGUUGCUUUACUAUUGAUACUAACCUGGUUGUAUGUUAUAAUUACACAAAAUGUCUUUCUUUUGGUUAUUUGAAUUGUUUUCUGACCGAAAAUCUGUCAUUGUUUUUAAGAUGUUACUUUAAGAACGGUAGCCCCUCCUUUUUAUUUCUUCUUCUAUGGUUUUGUCUUUAAAUUGAUGCGUCCCUUAGACCCUCCCCUUUUGUCAUGUUGUCCUGCGGGAGAGGUGUGUCCUAUUUAUUUUCUAUCUAAAUACUUCCAGUUUAUUUGUAGAUUUAUUAAGUUCAUUUCUGUUAUGUAUUUUUGUUUGUGUCGGACUUGGAGCGGGCAGCUUGUAACACGAUUGUUUUUCUGUUGGAUAUUUUCGUCAGAAUAAAUCGAUAAAAGCCAAACCGAGUCACGGCCUGACUAACAACUAAUAACCAGCACAACGCAGAAGGGAUCCGGUUACACUUGUUCUCAUCAAUAUUAAGGAAUUAUUGGGUUAAAACAAACACAUAUAUCUUGCUGAAAAUGGACUUAUAAAUUAGUUGUGUUAUAUUUUCCAAGUAUUAAAAAUCUGCAUUGGAAACUGGACCAAAAUACUUGGAACGGUUUGGUUUUUUAGUGCAAUAAAACUGAUCAUGUCUGAUGUUUUUAUCAAAUGAAGCAGCUUGAAACGUCUCGUUUCUGAAACUUGCCAAGUUGAUCAACACACACACACACACACACACACACACAUUUCAGUGUUUGGAUCAGUCCGGUUCCGUCUGGAUCCUGCUGGUUCUGUCUCAGGGUCAGCGUGUUCCGGCCCAUUCUUCCUGUUUGUCCCCGGAAUAAAGGCGGGAGGCAGCGGGUUAACUGGUGAGUUAAAUUGGUUUCCAUUGACA